ACACAAACUAAACUUCAUGAAAAGCAUACUCAAAACAUUUCAUAAAAAAAUCCAAAGGAAACCGGCCCAAACAACUGUGGCCGGAUAGAGGAUCCUGUCCGGACGGUGGAACAUGAUCAUUUUCCCUCAGUCAUGGGUGUUUGCAUAAUGUUUAUUUAGGUGCUCAAAAUGGAAAUUGUGCAGGUGAGAUUCAAACCUAUAAUGAGAGUGCAUGUCAUUCAGUUGGGUCAGAAAGUAAUUCUUCUAAUUCCUUUUUCCCUUUAACGAAAGGAGGGAUGGGUUGUAAAAAUGAAUUAUUGCACUUAGAUGUCAAUGUAACCAUGAUUAUCAAAGAACCGACCUCAGACAAUUCAAGCAGUGAAUCUUCACUUCAGGGGACAAGUGGAGUAGAAGAUGUUAUAUCAAGUGUCUUGGGUUACACUGCAUUAAUGUGUGAUCUGGGAGGACCUCAUGAUGGGAGCACACCAGAAAAUCCUCCAAGUGGUAGAAGUCAGUUAACAGAUCCUGAUCUUGAUGAGUUGAGAAACAUCACAAAGCAGGCAAUGGGGUGGGACACACCCAACCCACUAGGUGGCAAUAUCACACAUAGGCUUGAGCCUGAUGGAACGCCGUACAAUUAUGCCUCAUCAUCCAAGGGUGCUAAAGUCGUGGCUCAUAAUAAGGAAGCAAAGGGCGCAGACAAUGUCUUGGGGAAGGAUCAUGAUAAGUAUCUAAGAAAUCCAUGUUCCGUCAGUGGGAAAUUUGUCGUCAUUGAACUUGCACAUGAAACUUUGGUUGACGUUAUAAAAAUCGCCAACUUUGAACACUACUCAUCCAAUUUAAAGGAGUUUGAGUUAUUGGGAAGUUUGACAUAUCCAAGUGAGGCAUGGGAACCAUUAGGUACUUUUGUUGCUGAAAAUGUUAAGCAUUUGCAAUGCUUUAAGCUUCCUCAACCGAAGUGGGUUAGGUACUUGAAAUUGAAUUUGCGCAGCCAUUAUGGGUCUGAGUUUUACUGCACGAUCAGCGUUGUGGAGGUGUACGGUGUAGAUGCAAUAGAACAAAUGCUAGAGGAUCUUAUUGUCACUUCAGGAGAGCCUUCGACAAAUAAAUUGCAUGAUCCUAAUUCCACUGCAUUACCUUCUUUAACACCAGAACCGGGGUCAGCUAAACAAAAAAGUAAAGAUGAUGGCCGCCGUGUGAUUGAGUCUGCCAAUAAGGGAGUAGAACAUGCGGAUGAAGGGAAAAUGCCUAAAGUGGAUAUGUUAAAGAAGACAUUGAAUGUGAACACUGUUCCCGAUCCUGGGAAGGUUAGGCAAUCACUAAAUAGCAGAAUUCAUGGCGAUGUUGUCCUCAAGAUAUUGUUGCAAAAGGUGAGAUCACUUGAGCUGAACUUAUCUGUGCUGGAGGAGUACAUAAAAAAACUGAAUAAGAGACAAGGAGAGUUUGUGCCUCAGCUUGAUAAAGAGAUGUCUCAACUUUCAAUGCUACUGGAGAAAAAUCAACUGGAGAUCAAAACUCUAUUGGAGUGGAAGGAGAUAAUGGUAUGUACUACUUGCUUCUUGGGAAACAGCUCUCUUUCUAGCCACAAAGGUUUGAUUAAAAAACUAGGAAAAAUCCUUAACUAUUACUACCAUUGGGUAGAAAUCUUAAUUAUAGGACUAAAUUGUGGCUAACGUAGUUACCAAUUUUGAAAAUGAACAACGAUCAAUGUAGUUACCCCACCAGUAACGAGCCACUGACUCUUCGUAAUUGUGUUGGAAGCACUUUUGUCCAAAAUUUAAAAUUUAACACUUCAAUCCAAUGGGUAUCUUACUACUGGUAUUUAAUGAUAAAUACCAAAUAGUUGUCAUUAUAGGAAUUAAAGAGAUCACAUACAUUUAUUUUCCACCAUAUUUACUCUUCUUGUAAGCAAUACAAAAUAUGUGUAAGGAGAAAAAAUGCAUUUAUUACUAGACUUAAGUAAGUACAUGUGGUCAAUAUAUAGGGAACCUUAAUAUGUAUGGAAUCAUCUAAAUAUUUUGGUAGAGAGUGACUAGUGUAUAAUAUAUAUUAUGUAAUUGUUUGUUUGAAGAAAGCAUGUAUGCUCUCAUAGUUCUUGAUAUGCAAAAUUCUUUUUUAAAGAAUUACCACAAAUAAGAGGGAACCGUGUGUUAUGUGUACAAAUAUGAUCAUCUUUGUUUCCUACUAAAAAUAGGAUUCAUGUAGUCUUACAAGAGACCAAAAGCAGUUAACAAUUUUUUUGGAUUGGUGGAUCCCAUUAAUAGGGAAAAAAAUUACGAUCCAAUUUAUAGAAAUGUGUUAUGUUUUAGUCUCAUUUAUGGAUCAUUUUCAUCCUUAGGCAAAAGGAGUAACUGACAUCGAGACAUGGAAAACCUCUAUUUCAACUCAAGUGGAUUUAUUGGUCAAGGAAAAUGGCAUGUUAAGAUCAGAUGUAGAAAAGGUUGUUAAUGAUCAAGCAAGUUUGGAAAAGAAAGAGCUUGCUGUGCUUACAGUGAACUUCUCUUUUGCCUGUAUUGCUCUUUUUAAGAUUGUUUCAGAGAUGGUCUUGACAUUGUUUGGAUCACCUAUGUCUGACAAAAUUUUAAGGACAGGUCGAGGUUGGAUUUUGAUACUUGUUAGUAGCACUAUGACUAUAUUCAUUACACUGCUGUAGAACAUAGAUUCGAACUAUAUGUUUUAGAAACUCUCCUUGUAAACCAGAUGUGACAUAGAGUUAGAGCUAGGAAUCAUUAUCAUCAUAAAAAAUAUCAUGCUUGAUAUCAUAAUUCAAAAAACAUAUUCUCAUACUUGUUGUUGUGAUACACUAUUGAGGAUUAUCCCUUUAGGUAUAUAUUAUAUGAAUAAUGGCUUUGUUUACCAAGCUUGUUAUGAAAUUUAUGUUACUAAGUACAACAAUUUUUUGGUUUGC